AUGGAUACAACUCUUAUUCCAUAUCAAUUUGCAGUUCAACGGCCCAUCUAUGAGCAAAUAUUCGGCCUGCAUAUGAACUCACCACUCUCACCUUUGUUGGCCGUCUACAUGGACAAGUUGGAGGAAAAGAUCAAAAAGUCACCUGAGCAUCGAACAGUAGUGAUGCGAUAUUUGGAUGACUAUUUCGCACUCUGGUCUGAUGGAAAAGAAAUAUGA